AUGGCCGACACACUCGUCCCUGAACAUCCCGAUCUGUCUGGCUUUCCUGACUCCCCGGGCCAGAAACGAAAGCGCGAACUCGAAAGCCCCAACCUUGGGCGCGCAAAGCGUGCAGCCCCUCCUGCGACCAUGUCAGCGUCACCGGGGGACACAGCCGCCUUCAUGGAUAAUGCCAUGGAGUCGCAGGCGGCCGCGGUGAGCGGCGUCAAUGUUGCCGACUUCAACGCCCUUCAGCAAGCCGCCGCUGCCGACCACACCGACGCCACAGACCCUUCCAACGCGACCAGCACGGCCCAGGCGGCCCUGGGCAUGUACCCGACCCUUCAUGUGCCGCCGUCGACCGAGGAGCAGUUCUCUGCGCAGGGUCCCGUCGAGCCCGACCACGGCCACGAAAACGCGUUCAAGCAUGACACGCCCUUCACCACAGACGUCACACAGCAGCCCGAUCCGAUGAUGGACCCGUCCGUCAACCAGAACGCGCCGCCGCCUCCGCCGAAUGGUGUCCCGACUCACCCUCCUCCACCGCCGCAGCACAGAUACGCAGUGCCGCCGCCGCCCAACCCCAAACCAAGCGUUGGCUCAGAGGAGUGGCAUAAGAUGCGCAAGGACAACCACAAAGAAGUGGAGCGUCGGCGUCGCGAGACCAUCAACGAAGGCAUCAACGAGCUGGCCAAGAUCGUGCCGGGAUGCGAAAAGAACAAGGGAUCGAUCCUGCAGCGGGCUGUUAGCUUCAUCACCCAGCUCAAGGAGAACGAGCAACAGAAUAUCGAAAAGUGGACGCUGGAAAAGCUCCUGACCGAGCAAGCCAUUACGGAGCUGAGCGCGUCCAACGACAAGCUCAAGCAGGAGUGCGAGCGACUCUACCGAGAACUCGAGACGUGGAAGCGAGUUGCGCAGCAGGCCGGUCUGGAGCCCCCGGCCGCGCCCAAGGAAGAGCCCAAUGCUGGCAUGCCAUCGAGUUAG